ACCAUAUGAUUUGAAAUGUCGUGACAGGUCAUGAAUAAGUUGGAACUAGAACGAUUCUUAUCAAUUUAUUUAAAUAAAUAGUAUUGUGAGUGAAAUAUUGCAAUUGAUAAUGUGAAAUCUUUAUAAAUAUAAGAAGUAUAUUAAUAAGUACAUUCAAUUUUUUGUGAAUACAUCUAAUAAUGAAUGUAACCACGUAUUUAUAUUGUUAAAAAAAAGUGAUUAUAAAAUUAUUUAAGUUGAAAUAUAAAAUAUGAGGUUGAAAAAAGCUAUUGUAAUAUUCAUAUCUUUAAUAAUAAUUGGUGUAGUGUUUAUGUUAUAUACUCUAAAUGACCUGGAAAUGCCCACUAGGAAAUCAUUAGCUGAAGACGAUAUAGCAAACAACAAAUGGCUUCAUUUUGAAGACAAAAUAAAACAUCUUGAAGACGAUUUGAACAAACAUCACAACGCUGUGUACGAAAUUAAAGAAGCAGUGAAAAAUUUGAUGCGUUCCAGUUCAUUUAAACGUAACUUAGUGCCUUUCGAUGUUAAAACGAAACUGCAAGUUGUAUCUCAGUUUAAAUAUGAUAAUACUUGUCCGUUUCAAAUAAACAUGAAACCAAAAACUGUAAUACAGAUGCUAGAUUUAUAUGAGAAUCUCAAUUUUGAUAACAUCGACGGGGGCGUUUGGAAACAGGGUUGGAGGAUAGAAGUUGAUGAAAAACAGUGGAACCGGCGUAAUAAACUGAAGGUUUUCGUUGUUCCACAUUCCCAUAACGAUCCAGGUUGGAUAAAGACUUUCGAGGAUUAUUACGCAACUCAAACUAAACAUAUUUUGGAUAAUAUGUUGGUGAAAUUGCCCGAGGAUUCGAGAAGGAAGUUUAUUUGGGCGGAAAUAUCGUUUUUUUCGUUAUGGUGGGACGAGCUGAAAGAGGACGAUCGUUAUCAAGUGGAAAGAUUGAUAAGGAAUAAUCAGUUGGAAAUAGUCACAGGGGGUUGGGUUAUGAACGACGAGGCGAAUUCCCAUUGGCAAUCAAUAUUAAACCAACUUACAGACGGGCAUCAAUGGUUAAAAAAAAAUUUAAAUUACACCCCAGUAAGUCAUUGGUCUAUUGAUCCUUUCGGGUUGAGUUUGACACAACCGAUGCUGCUAAAAAAUAUGGGGUUGAAAAAUAUGUUGAUACAGAGGGUGCAUUAUUCCGUUAAAAAGCAAUUAGCCAGUACUAAGAUGCUGGAAUUUAGAUGGAGGCAGCUUUGGGAUAACAAAGGAGACACUGAAAUAUUAACUCACAUGAUGCCUUUUUAUUCUUACGACAUUCCGCACACGUGUGGCCCCGAUCCGAAAAUUUGUUGUCAAUUCGAUUUCAAAAGACUUCCGAAUCACGGGUUUACUUGUCCUUGGAGGGUCCCUCCGCAAGUGAUUACCGAAAAAAAUGUAGCGGAAAGAGCGGAGCUACUUUUAGAUCAGUACAGGAAGAAAUCGAGGUUGUUUGAUACGAACGUGGUACUCGCCCCGUUGGGGGACGAUUUUAGGUACGAUCAUCCCACGGAAUGGGACGUCCAGUAUAAUAAUUAUCAAAAAUUGUUCGAUUAUAUGAAUUCGAAUGUUAAAUUGAACGUGCAGGCUCAGUUUGGUACUUUGACGGAUUAUUUCAACGAGUUGAGGAAAAGUAGGAAACUUUCGGAUUUUCCGACGCUUUCCGGGGAUUUUUUCACUUACGCCGAUCGCGACGAUCAUUAUUGGAGUGGUUAUUAUACUUCGAGGCCAUUUUACAAAAGGAUGGAUCGGAUUUUGUUGGCAUACGUUAAGGCAGCUGAAUCAAUAUACACAUUGACACAUAUAAGUAAUAAACCGGGUGCCGAUUGGAUUUCGAAUGAGACAACCGGUAUAGAAAAAAUUUUAAUGACGUCACGACACGCCCUUUCCCUAUUCCAACACCACGACGGCAUCACCGGAACCGCUCGAAAUCACGUCGUAAUCGAUUACGCCGAAAAGAUGCGAUCGGCGAUUCGUGGAUGUCAACAAGUCGUUCAACUUUGCGCUCACGUUCUGUUGAACGGUUUUCGAAACGAAACGCCCGAUAAGGAGGCGGUGUAUUACAACAUCGCCGACGGGGGGGCGUCGCAAGACGGACAUUACGAAAUUAUAAUCGGAUAUCCGGAAAUUAGUAGUAAAAAAAUUGUUGUUUAUAAUUCUUUGACGUUUAGUCGACGGGAGGUGGUGACUUUUUAUAUAUCGACGCCGUUUGUUGAGGUACGAGAUUCGGAAGGAAACAGAAUAAAAUGCCAAUUAUCUCCGAUAUUCGAAUACGGCCCCUCGAUGUCCCAAACAAAAUACCAAUUAUCCUUCGCGUCCAACGUACCGCCCCUAAGUCUCACCGCCUACACGAUAAACGCCCUACUAGAAACCGACGUCCCCAGCGAAACCGUCUUCUCCGCCGUCACCAUUUUGAACCAUUACGGCGAAAUUAAACCGCCAGUCGGUUUCCGACCGGAAGUUACCGCCGCCCCCAAAGAAUUUUCCUUGCAGAACGGCCGAGUUGUCGCAUCGUUCGGAAAACUCGGUUUACUGAAAUCGAUGAAAAUCGACGGGAAAAUUUAUCCGGUGCAUUUGGAUUUCGCCAAAUACGGUGUUGCCGUUAGGAAGAAUUCGGAAACUAGCGGCGCUUAUUUGUUCGUACCUGACGGGGAGGCGGUUCCGGUUCUGGCGGAAAACGUAGUCGUUAAUGUGAUCGAAGGGCCUAUUGUGUCGUCGGUGUCGGUACAGUUGCCUUAUGUCCGACAUAAGGCCGUUCUGUAUAAUACUACAGGUGGAGACGGUUUGGGUAUAGAACUCCACAAUUUGGUGGAUAUAACGAAAACUCGUAAUUUCGAACUCGUUAUGAGAUUGUCGACGAACAUUAACAGUUCCGACGAAUUUUAUACUGAUGAUAACGGUUAUCAGAUACUAAAACGAAAGAGAUUCAAAAAACUGCCCCUACAAGCCAACUACUACCCCAUACCGACGAUGGCGUACAUCGAAGACGCCGCCACCCGCCUCACCAUAACCACCGCCACCCCAUUGGGCUGUAGCUCCCUAACCCCCGGUCGAAUUGAGGUUAUGUUAGAUCGGCGAUUAAACCAAGACGACAAUUUGGGGUUGGGACAAGGCGUCCAAGAUAACCGACCAAUCGAACACGCAUUCCGUAUACUAAUCGAAACAAAACGCGACAAUUGCGAGACCGGAUCGAAACAACACCCCGCCGGUUUUUCAUCGAUUGCCGCCCACGUAACGUCCCAAACUCUCUUGAAUCCCCUCGUAAAACUAUCGAAAUCGAUCGACGACGAUUCCGAAUCGAUUUCGGGCGGUUAUCGAUUAAUCGAUGAUUUCGGUAUCGAUUAUUCGAUGCCGGUAAUUAAAUCGAAUGUUCGAUUUGGCGAUCGGAAUUAUUUCGGAAUCGUCGUUUUUCGUCGAUAUCUCGAUGUUUGUUUCGAUGACGAGGAUAUUUUGAGGCGGUUUCGUUUGAGCGACGGUUCGGUGUCUUUGGAGAAAUUGGUGCCGGAAAAUAGGAGGAAAUAUUUGAGAAAAGCGACGUUGUCGUUUCUUCGUUUGGAAAAUUUGGUAGGAAAUGAAAAAUCGAUUGAAUUGUGUCCUAUGGAGAUGCGAGCUUUCGUUUUUUGAUGAAAAAAAAAAGGAUUGUUUUUAUACCGAUGCAGUAUUUAUGGAAAAAACGUGAAAUUUGUGAUUGUUCGGUGGUUUUCUGGUUUAAGCGCGCGUUCGCGGGUGAUUUUUUUGAUAUGGCGUGGAAAAAAAUCGAUUCUGUGGUGCGUAACGACGAUUUUCGUUGACGUAGGUCAUCAUCUGUCACGUUUCAUGUCAGUUGUCAAUGUCACGUAAAAAAAAUCGAUUCCGUGACGCGUUACGACGAUUUUCGUUGACGUAUGUCAACGUCUGUCACGAUUACUGUCAGUUGUCAAUGUAAUGUCAAAAAAAUUGAUUCCGUGACGCGUAACUACGAUUUUCGUUGACGUAUGUCAACAUCUGUCACGAUUACUGUCAGUUGUCAAUGUAAUGUCAAAAAAAUCGAUUUCGUGACGCGGAACGACGAUUUUCAUUGACGUAUGUCAUGUUUAGUGUUGAAAAAUUUGAACUUUAUUGAAUAAUAUUGAAAAUUCGAAAAAAUAAUGGAAAUUCAAUGAUACAUAUUGAAAAUUUCAUAACCUAUUGGGAAUUCGAAAAAAAAUCAUGUAAAAAUCUUGAAAAUUCGAUAAAAAAUUGGAAAUUUGGAAAAUCAAUCUUGAAAAUACUUUAAAAUUUAAAAUUAUUGAGAAAUAUUCGAAAUUCGAAGAAAUUCUGAAAAUUCAAUAAAAAAAUCUAAAAUAAAUCGAAAAAGUCUUGGAAAAUUUAAUGAAGAAUCUUGAAAAUUCAUUAAAUAAUAUUGAAAAUAUUGCUAAAUCGAGAAAAUCAUGAAAUUCAAUGGAAAACACUGGAAAUUCAAGAAAAUCUGCAAGAAGUUAAUUUAAAAAACAAUCAUGGGAAAUUCCAGAAAAAUUAGAAAAAACUUUUGAACAAUCGAAAAAAUCAAUAAAAUAUAUUUGAAAAACUGUGCCUAAAAAUUUGGUGAAAAAUAUUAGAAAAUUGAAAAAAUCCUGAGAAAGUAAAAUGAAAUAUAUAUAAAAUAUCGAAAAAUUCAAAAAAAUACCUAUCAAAAAAUUGAAAAAUGCGUAAUCUUUGAAAUUAUACGAAGAAAUACAGAAAAAUCUUGAAAAAUUCAAAAGAACUAUAUAGGAUAUGGAAAAAAUCUGAAAAACACGAAUAGUUUGUCGGAAAAUGCGAAAUAAUUUGGAAAAUCAUUGAAAAUUUCGUAUUAGAAAUGCGAAAAAACCUAAGACAUAUGUUUUGUUUAUGACAGCUGUCAAAUUUGAUUUUUGACAGUUGUCAAAUUCAAUGUCCGUGACAACUGUCAACAAAAGUUGUCGUUUCGUGCCCCAGCUUCUAUUUUUAAGAUGGCGGCUUCUCAUUAAUAAGAAAAUUAACGAAGCGAUUGAUUUCCGUGAAAUCCUUAUCGAUCUGAUUAAUUUAACGUAGAGAUUAUUAAAUGCUGUGUAUAUGAAUUUUUAUCGCGCGCCUAAUCGGCCCACCCAAAUACUCAUUUUUAAUACAGUCUCAAAGCUAUUGUAAUAAAAUAGUUGAUAAAAAA